GUAUUUAUCUAUGCCACUUUAAGCUUAAACAUAAUAUGGCGGAGGCGGUGCGAAUUGUCAAUUUCUCAUAAUGUUUAUUAUUUUUUAAUUGGAAGCUUAAAUAAACUAUCAAAAUGUCUUCAACGGAGCCGUCUCAAAACAAAACAUGGGAACUUUCCCUGUAUGAACUUCAUCGUACUCCGCAGGAAGUGAUAACGGAUGCCACUGAAAUCGCAGUGUCCCCACGUAGCUUACACAGUGAAUUAAUGUGUCCCAUUUGCCUCGAUAUGCUUAAAAAGACUAUGACUACUAAAGAAUGCCUUCAUAGAUUUUGCUCAGACUGUAUUAUAACCGCUCUAAGGUCUGGUAACAAAGAGUGUCCUACUUGCCGCAAGAAACUCGUAUCAAAACGAUCACUAAGGCCCGACCCUAACUUCGAUUUGCUCAUAUCGAAAAUAUAUCCGAGUAGAGAUGAAUAUGAGGCUCACCAGGAGCGCGUGCUAGCUAAAAUAAACAUGUCGCACUCUCAGGCUUCGCUAGUAAACUCCAUAACUGAAGGUAUAAAGCUGCAAUCACAAAAUAGACCGCAAAGAGCUAGAAAAAACCAUGAAGAUAAUUUGAAUGCGUCCAACUCUAAUGGUAAUUCGGAACCAGCACAAAAUGGGGGCAGUUCGUCUGUACCCAAGGAUACUACAUCUACUACAAGCAAUCCAACUCCACCUGGUCAAUCUACAUCAAAUCCUGCUUCAGUGAGAAGCACUCCAUCCCCAGUCCCAUCAAACGUUAGUUCUAUAUCAAAAAACACGACCACAACUAAAAGAGCAAAAUCUAUCUUAACUUCAGAGCGAAGUGAGGAGAGUGAAUCUAGUGAUGGCAGAACCGAAGGUGAGAAUUCAAUGGACACAGAAGGAGAAGGGGAGCCCCUGAACCCAAACGAAAUAGAGUUGGUGUUCAAGCCACACCCCACGGAGAUGACGGGAGACAACCAGCUCAUGAGAGCACUGAGAGACAGCUCUGUUCGUUAUCUAAAAACAACUGCAAAUGCUUCAGUGGAUCAUCUUAGCAAGUACUUAGCAAUGCGUCUUACUCUAGAUUUGGACGCAGAACUUCCAGAAGCAUACCGUCUUCUUAACUUUUGCAUCUAUGUAGCUCCCUCUCCUGGUCAGUUUGUGCCACUUGCUGGCUCGCAAACUUUAAGGCAGAUCAAUGAUAAAUUCUGGAAGGUCAACAAGCCUCUGGAAAUGUAUUAUUCUUGGAAGAAAACCUAGAAAUAGUUGCAUUUUAGUUGUAUUGUAAUAACUAAAAUGAAUAUAGUGCAUACUAGUUUUAAGGGAAAUAUAAAAAUUUUAAUGAGACAUGGACUCUUUUAUAAUAUGAAAUUUGGAAUAAAUAGAAUAUCACUGUGUAUGAAUAAAUUUUAAGGUUAAAAAUCUCUUAAAACAAUUAUCAUAACAUGAGUGUUUUAAAUCUUAUUACUGAUGAUAUAAAUAAUGGAUUUCUGCUAUUUUAUACUAUCGUUACAUUUACAUAUAGGAAUGAAGAUCUGUUGUAAGAUUAAAUGUAACAUAUGUAUAUUUUUAAUUGUACACAUCUUUUAUGAAUGAAAUGAAA